CUCGUGUAGUUUGUAUGGAUUAUCGUGACAUUCCAAGGCGCCCAAAAUAUGAUAAAAUUACUUGCCUUGAAAUGGCUGAACACGUUGGUGUUAGGCUUUUUUCGUCAUUUUUAUCUCAAGUAAGAGAUAUGCUUGAAGAUGAUG